AUCAAAACAAGUGUAUUGAUUUGCUGCAAAAUGAAUGUAAUCGAGAAAAAUCCUAAGAUGAGGUUUCUAGAAGGCUUAAAGAUAAUUAAAAGGGGUGAAAAACAAAGCCUCAUCAAUCAGCAAAAGUAAAGUGCCUCUCAGUUGCAAAAGAAUCUGAGAAAAUCCAAGAAAACCUUGCAAAUUAACCCUGUGGUGAAAUAUUUCAACCUUUUGAUUUAGAAAAGGAAAAUCCAUUUGCCUGGUUGCUGUUCAUUUCAAGCUCGGACAUUUGAGUUUUGAUGGAUCAAUCUUGAUUGUUUAUAGGUUUUCAGCAACAAUAAAUCAAAGUUUUUUGCUGCUUUCUUCCUAGGUAUUCUUACGUCACUUUACAAAAAAAUGACAUUUUUUCUUUCACAUAUUUUCAAUUCCUUGAUAUGAUUUUAGUUACAUUUGUGGCGCAGGCGUUUUUUGAAGCGGGCAAGCGGGCAAGCUGAAGCGGGGACGGCCCGAAAAAAAAAACUGAAGAACGGUUUGAGUCGACCCGGGCAAGAUCAUGUCAAACUCUGCCACAUAUCGCAGACUGGGCUGAACAUAGACUGAGGUCUGCUGAGCCACCGAACGCCGCUGAUCUGCAGAGCGCUGGACCAUGCGGCGGCGCGGCUGGGCGCUGCCCGGCCUGCUGACGCUGCUGGUCGCUGCGGUCGGUCCGUCGGCCGCCAUCGACCCGUGGUCGGUGGCCGGCGCGGUGGGCGCCAUCGGCGGACUCAGCUACGUGUGGGAGUCGGUGCGGGACACGCCGCUGGUGCGCCAGGUGGCGCGCUCGGCGCCCGUCAGGGCCGUGGAGUGCACCAUGCGCGAGUGCUGUAACGAGCCGUACAUUCGGCGCUCGGUGCCGUACCUCGGGGACCGUCUGCGCGAAGUGGUGCACGGCCAGCACCUGGUGGCCGAAGUGAUACCGCGCGUGAUCAGCAACCACCUACACGACCAGCGGCCGCGCAAACCGCUGGUUAUCAGCAUGCACGGCACCACGGGUGUCGGUAAAAACCACGUGAGUCGCGUGGUGGCCGAGAGCCUGUACCAGCGCGGCAUGCAGAGUCGGUUCGUGCACCUGUACGUGGGCAGCCUGGACUUUCCCUAUUCGGACGAGGAGAGCAUCCAGCGGUACUCUGACACCCUGCGCCGCGCCGUGCUCGGUAAUCUGACGCGGUGCGAGCGCAGCCUCUUUAUAUUUGACGAGGUGGACAAGAUGCCGCCGGGCGUGCUAUCGGGCAUCCGGUCCCUGAUGGACUUCCACGGCAGUCUGCACGGCGUCGACGUGGCCGGCGCCAUCUUCAUACUGCUCAGCAACACGGGCGGCCUCGCCAUCAACGCGUUCAUGCUGCAGCAGUGGCGUGACGGCGUCGCCCGCGAUGAGGUGACCAUCGCCGCCUUCCAGCCGGUGAUGGAGAAGCGGGCGUUCAGCGAGACCGGCGGCCUGUACAAGUCGGAUAUCGUCUCGGCAGCUCUGGUGGACCUGUACCUGCCGUUCCUGCCGCUGGAGAGGCAGCACGUGCGGCUGUGUGUGCUGGACGAGCUGCGCCGGCGCGGCGUGUCCACCGGCCAGGAGGAGGCCGUCCAGCACGUGUUGCGACAGGUGCGCUUCGACACCUCCGAGCAGGUGUUUGCGCGUGUCGGCUGCAAGGACGUGGCCAAUAAGGUGAACAUGGUUCUGGACCAUUCGAUGUUUGAAGAGAUGUGAGCUUGGCCGUACUGGAUGACAGAACUCCUGUGAUUCACUGCCUUUGGCAUUGCUUGUGUGCACCGGGUGCAGUUUUUUUCUAUGAAUGUCAUACAUAUUGAAGCUAAGCCUCUUGGUCUGGAUAUUGGCAGCAGAAUAGUCAUAAGUCUGUCAUUGUCACGAUCAUGAAAUAAUGUGAUGCGUUGUGAUUAAUCGUCUUUUGAUGAUACAUUUUAGCGUGUUAUUGGCUAAACCGUGUUUGACAUUCCAUAUAGUUUGAUGCAGCCUGACAAUGGUUGCGUGUUUUGGCAUUGCUGCAUCACACCUGUUAGUCAUCUCUUGUGCUAGUGGUGAACAUGAUUUUGUGCUGUGCCCGUCUUCGUUAUGAAAUUAGAUGUGAA